UUUCUAGAUAUUAAAAAUCUAUUCAAAUCAUCUUAAACAUGUUUUGAAAUUGACAUACUUGAUAUAUAGACGGAUACUAAUCAGUUAUUUAUAACAUAUUAUUUCUGCAACUAAAGUCGCUAUUGAGAUUAUAAUGUAUUAGAGUGAGUAUAGAUUUGGCUUUGUAGGAUUGUUUAAUAAUGUAUGAAAAACAAAGACAAAGAAUUUUUGCUCUUUUCCUGCUAUUGGCAGGAACAGAAGGUUUUCCGUCUGAAAACAAUCCAAAACUCUCUGAAGCAAACUGUGGUUACGAGUCAUGUACACCAAUUAAAAAUGGUUAUACUAAUAUUCAUAUAGUAGCACACACCCAUGAUGAUGUUGGUUGGUUAAAAACAGUUGAUCAGUCUUACUAUGGAAGUAACUCCAAUACCCAAAAAGCCGGUGCUCAGUAUAUCCUACCUACUGUAAUGGAUUCACUGAACAGAAAUUCGAAUAGAAAAUUUAUUUAUGUAGAAACCGCAUUUUUCUGGAAAUGGUGGAUCAAACAAAGUGACAACAUGAAACAAGAAGUCAUAGAUUACGUUAAUAAUGGACAGCUGGAAUUUAUAAGUGGAGGAUGGAGUAUGAACGAUGAAGCUGCUACACAUUAUCAUUCUAUUAUCGACCAAAUGACUUGGGGUCUAAGGAGACUUAAUGAUACUUUCGGUGCUUGUGGAAGGCCUAAAAUCGGAUGGCAGAUCGAUCCAUUCGGUCACAGCAAAGAGAUGGCUAAUAUUUUCGCCCAGCUGGGAUUUGAUGGUUACCUUGUAGGUAGAAUCGAUUAUCAAGACAAGGAAUACAGAUGGAAAACUAAAACACCGGAAGUCGUUUGGAGAGGUAGCAAAAGUUUAGGAGAAUCCAGCGAUAUAUUUACUGGUGUCUUAUACAAUGGAUAUAAAGCCCCUUCAGGAUUCUGCUUCGACAUUCUCUGUAAUGACACACCCUUCAUUGAUGAUCCAGAUAGCUUCGAAUACAACGUGGAUGAUAGGGUAGAUGACUUUCUUAAAUAUGUAAACCAGUCCACUCAAAUUUACACUACAAGCAACUAUAUUAUGCCCAUGGGUGCUGACUUCUAUUACCAAAACGCAGAAAAUUGGUUCAUUAACUUGGACAAACUUAUCUAUUAUGUUAACAAACGCCAAGAAAGUGGGUCAAAAUUCAAUUUAAUUUAUUCCACUCCAUCGUGUUAUGUAAAAGCAGUAAACAACGAAACCCAAGACAGAGAAUGGGUUCUAAAAGAUGACGAUUUUUUUCCAUAUGGAUCAGACAAGCAUUCUUAUUGGACGGGAUAUUUUACUUCUAGACCAGCUCUCAAGCGAUUUGAAAGACUCGGGAACAAUUUUCUUCAGGUUUGCAAACAGCUUUCGGCAUUAGCAGGCUUAGGCGAGAGCAAAAGUUUAGACAAUUUGAGAGAAAUAAUGGGUGUAUUGCAGCAUCACGAUGCUGUGUCUGGAACCGAGAAACAGCACGUUACCAAGGAUUACGCUAGACAGUUGCAAAAAGCAAUUGAUGAAUGUGAAAAUGUAACAUAUACCGCUUUAAAUAAGCUAAUUAAUAAUGAAACCUUAGAAUCAGAGAGUAUUUAUACUAAUUCAGUUCCAUUAAAAACUUGCCCGUUAGCAAAUGUAAGUCAGUGUGCUACAACAGAAAACGCAGAUAAUUUUGUAGUGACCGUUUAUAAUCCUUUGAGCAGACCUGUAGAUAAAUUAGUAAGGCUCCCCGUAAAAGGAGAAGGCUACAAUGUAACUGAUAAAGAAGGAAAUUCGUAUGUCAACGAACUUUUACCAAUUCCCGAUUUUGUUAAAAAUAUUCCUGGCAGAAACAGCAGUGCAACUAACGAUCUGUACUUUGUAGCAGAAAAUUUACCUGCACUUGGAUGGAAAUCCUUUAUAAUUUCCUUAGACAAUUCUUCAAGUUUAAAACCAUUACACUCCACUAAAUCUCCUGGUUCUUUAAAAGUUAACGGUUCCACCACAUCAUUCGUUGUUAAUGAUGACACAGGGUUAGUAGAGGAAGUAUCAAUAAAUAACUUGUCAGUUGCUCUAGCUCAAAACUUCUUCCAUUACAAAGGCUUCGUGGCAGAUAAUGGUAAUUCUGAUAGAAGAUCAUCAGGAGCUUACAUUUUCAGACCUGACGGGAGUAUUAAAAUAACUAAUGAUACAGCUGAAGUUGCUAUAUUUGAAGGUUCUCUAUUGUCAGAAGCAAGACAGAAUUUUAACGAGUACAUCAGUCAAACUGUUAGAGUCAACAAAAUUGAAAACUAUAUAGAGUUCGAGUGGGUCGUUGGCCCGAUACCUACUAGUGGUCCAAAUGGCAUAGAAGUAGUAACAAAAUAUUCAACAAAGUUAGCAACGGAUUCUGUAUUUUACACUGAUUCAAAUGGAAAGGAAAUGCUGAAAAGAGUGAGAGAUUACAGGCCGACAUGGGAACUGGAUAAUUCAGAGCCAGCGUCUGGUAAUUAUUACCCAAUAACAUCGAAAAUUGCUAUUAGAGAUGAAGUGCAAGGUAUAGAAGUAGCAGUACUAAAUGACAGAGCUCAAGGAGGAAGCAGCUUAAACGAUGGGGAAAUCGAAAUAAUGAUACAUAGAAACUGUCUUCACGAUGACGGAUUUGGUGUUGGAGAAUCUUUAAACGAAACAGCUUUCGACAAAGGGUUAGUUAUCAGAGGUUCCCAUUUUCUUACUGUCGGCAACAUAAACGAUCAAAACGGUAACUCAAUAUCGGCAAUUGCAAAAGAUAUUGCUCAAAAGAAGCUAUUAGAUUCCUGGACUUUUGUUACACCUCUUGAAGGUAAUGCUGAUGAAUAUAAAUCUAAAUAUAUUAUGGAGUACUCUGGAUUAGGUAAAGCAUUACCUAAAAAUGUCCAAAUACUCACUCUAGAACCCUGGAAGGACUCUACUUUCCUUCUUAGGUUAGAACAUUUAUUUGAUUAUGACGAGGAUUCCGUACUAUCUCAAUCGGCCUUAGUAAACUUAACAGACUUGUUUACAGGUUUUGAAAUUGUGUCUUUGGAGGAAACAACUUUAGGUGCAAAUCAGUGGCUAAAAGAUAGCGAUCGGUUGAAAUUUAAAACCAACAGCACAUUGGAACAGCUCCUUAAUGAAGAUUAUAAUACUAAUAUUGAGUAUGCAACCGUUGUGAAGAACGCAUGGAUAGAGGGAUCAAAAACCAAACCACAGCCCACAUUAAAAGAUAAUUUGGACGAGCUCGAAAUUUCUUUGAAUCCUAGUGAUAUUCGUACUUUUAUUAUUGGUAUUAAAAGAUUUUGAAUUAGGUUGAAUUGAAACACUGGCAUAAAAUUAUUAUAAAUGCAUAAUAGAAAUACACUCUACUGUUUUAUU